UGGUUGUCAGACGAAAACAAACAACAAGGUAGGGUGCGGGAGUGCGGGAGCCGGGAGAGUGCGUUGAACGCGCUGCGUAGGGGGUUGGGGUGCGACUAGACACCCCUUCGUGUGUCUGACCUCGGAGAAGGGCCAGCCAGCAUCAGCAUCAGUCGGCGGUUGCCAAGCGGCGGACUCGCCCUGCUCUUGCACGGCCCUCGACGCCGUCCGGGCCGCAAAGUCCGGCGAUUAAAAUCCGCGCCAGAUGCGUCCUCGUGCGCCGAGUUUCCGCUGAAGGGCCAGGGUUGAGGGGCGGGAUUUCCGAUGGGGCCCAAGGAUGGGGGCGCUGCCCCGCGCCUCUGCCGCCUCUGCGGCAAGAAGAAGCCCAAACACGACGACGUUUCCAGCAAAGAGGGCCUCAUCAACCUCAUCGAGGACUGCUUGAAAAUUAAGAUUGAUCUCAAGGACGGGCUGCCGCAAAACGUGUGCAACGAGUGCGGGCGGAAGCUGCGUUCGUGGCGCAAAUUCUUCGACACGGCGCAAGAGACGCAGGUGAACUUGGUGGAGAUGAUGCCCGAGUGCGUGGAGCGACCUGAGCGGCACAAGUGCGCGCUGUGCGGGCAGCAGUUCAGCAAGAGCCGCGCCUUCGCGCAGCACCUGGCCGAGCACUCGGGCCGCAAGUUCUGCUGUCCGGUGUGCAAGCGCAACCUGGCCAGCGAGGAGGGCCUGGUGCGCCACCAGGAGGUGCACUCGGACACGCGCAACCACUGCUGCCACCACUGCGGACGCCUCUUCCAGACGCUCACCUGCCUCAGCCAACACGUCCGCUACCAACACCGACCCGCCGAAAACCCAGCCUUCACCUGCCAGUUCUGCAACAAGAACUUUGUCCAGCGCACCCACUUUGAAAUCCACGUCCGAACGCAUACAGGGAUAAAACCAUACUGCUGUGAGACUUGUGGUAGUCGAUUUCCGAGCAGUGCUCUCUUGCAACGCCACGUUUACGGAGUGCACGAAAAGAAGAAGCGAUACAAAUGCCCGCAAUGCCCCAAGGAGUUUCUCUACAAGCACAAUUACACAGCGCAUCUAGCCCGCCACGAAGGAACCAAAGAAGUCAAAUGUGACCAGUGUGACAAGUCUUUCUUCACCAGAAAUGCGCUUUUCAGGCACAUGAGAGUACAUUCCAAGGACAAGCCCUUUGCUUGCGACAUUUGCGGCAAGAAGUUUGCAGACUGCAGCAACCGGAAGCGGCACAUGCAGCAGCAGCACGGCACGUCUGAAAUUCCACGCGCGCAGCCGAAAGAGCCAGAAAUGAUGUUGGUGGCGCUGAGCGCGACCGACGAAGAUCUGGACCUGAACACCCUGUCGAGCGCGCCGCUCUCACCUUCGCUGACGCUUCCUCUCGAGCUUCUGCCGGCCAGCCCCUUGCAGCUGCCCGCCUCGGAAUUCCUCAUCCCCCUCAACAAUUACUGAUUGAUCUCAAGCUUUUUUGUGCUUUAUUUGUGUAGCGUAGAUCUAGUUUUUUGUGUGAUAUUUUUGGUAGGUAGCACCCUAGAGAAUACAUAGUGAAAUUCAUAUUUUGUAAACUUGUAGUGAUGUGAUCAGAAUCAAUUAUUGCAUUCCAUGAGAAACCAAGUCGAUUUUUAUGAUGUGUAUAUUUACGCAGAUCCAAAUAAAUGGCAUACAAAUAUUAAAUAAACGUUCAU